UUCCACUCAGACUGCGGCAGGCAUUGCUCGUCGAGAUUCAAAUCAGCAUUGCCAGCAUCCUGCAGAGCCGGUCUCGUUCCGUAUCUCUCCCCGAUCUCUGGUCGUGACUCUCGAAGAUGGCCGAUCCACUCACCUAUCCCAAGACCAAGAGCACCACGGUCAACCGCUACAACACUAGAGCCACAUACGACGUCAAGGCCAUUCAUUCCAUCGUCAACGAAAGCUCGGUGCUCCACGUCUCCUUUGCUCCCGAUGGCGAGGAUCCAUUCCCGGCCAUUCUACCCAUGAUCGGGACAAUGGGGUCCUACGACUACCCGAGCGCUGGUAUCGACGAGCCGCUAGACUGCUACCUGCACGGCUACGUCAGCUCGCGUAUCAUGAGACUGGCCACAUCUUCGCCCCAGGGUUUGCCCGUCAGUAUUGCUGCCUCGAAGGUCGACGGGCUUGUUCUCGCCCUCACGCCCAACGCAAACAGCUACAACUAUCGGAGUGCCAUUUUGCACGGAUAUGCCAGCAUUGUGGAGACAACAGAAGAGAAACUGUGGGCCAUGGAGCUGAUCACGAACUCUGUCGUUCCAGACAGGUGGAGGAACUCUCGGGUACCACCGGACAACGCAGAGAUGCAGUCCACGAAAAUCCUAAAGGUCAAGGUCACUGCAGCAAGCGGCAAGACAAGGGAGGGGGGGCCGCAUGAUGAGGCGAAGGACACUACACGAGAGGAAGUGACAUCCAAAACCUGGGUGGGAGUGGUUCCCGUCAUGGAGAAGUUUUGCGACCCGAUACCAGCAGCACAGAACAAAGUGGACGAGCUUCCCAACUACAUCGCAGAUUAUGUUGCAGAAGCGAACGCUAAGGCUGAAGCGUACGCCUUGAAUGCAGCUCGGCUGCCAUGAGAGGGGUGGCUCUCUGAGAAGGAAGACGGAGCAGUGUUGGCGUUGCUAGAGGCUGCUCCACAUCCAGCACCGUUUCAUCUUUGAUAGUAUGAGAACUACAGAUGCUAGGAGCACUUCUAUGCAAAGUCACCGUGGAACCGAAGGCGCGGUCAGUGGAGACGAUACUAGUCUCCUUCUCAGUCGAUCACUAGACAGAAGAACGUGGAAUAUCAAUUGUGC